UCGAUUCCCGCAGGCCAGGCCGAGGGACCCCAUCUUCCGGAGGGACCCCCGCUCACUCUGCAGACGCCCCCCUGCCGCUGGGUCGCCCCACGUGCAGCGGCCGGGGAGUGACAGAGGGAGGUUGGCUCCAGGGCGUGUCCGCCAGUCUCACCUAGUCCCGCCCCACUGGCCACCAGCCAAGACCGCCUGCAUUAGUCCCUGCACCGGAGCCAGCGCCGCGACCCGGAAGACUUAAGCCAGCUGAGUGAUCAUGGCAACAACUCCCAUGGUGGCUUUCGAGGCCCUUCUAAAUGGAGUGACGAGCUGGGAUGUCCCUGAAGGUCCCAUCCCGUGUGAACUGCUUCUCAUUGGAGAGGCUGCCUUCCCAGUGUUGGUGAAUAAGAAGGGCCAGGUCCUCAUUGCUGCGUCCUCCUAUGGCCGAGGCCGCCUGGUGGUGGUGUCCCAUGAGGGCUACCUGCUGGAUGCUGGCUUAGCUCCAUUUCUUCUCAAUGCAGUGAACUGGCUCCGUCCCUCUCCUGGGGCUCCCGUGGGAGUGCACACCUCCCUGAAACCACUAGUUACCAUCCUGCGGGGUUCUGGGAUUGAGGCACAGGUUCAGCCAGAACUGGGAGACCUCUCAGGGGUUUACUGCAUCAAUGCCUACAAUGAAACCCUGACUACAGAGCUGGUCCAGUUUGUGAAACGUGGUGGGGGCUUGCUCAUUGGGGGCCAGGCCUGGUACUGGGCCAGUCAGCACGGUUGUGACAAGGUGCUAUCCAGGUUCCCUGGGAACCUGGUGACCAGUGUGGCUGGAGUGUACUUCACCGACACCUAUGGGGAGAGAGCUAAGAAGGUGCCCAAGAUCCCGCUCGAGGUCAGGUGUGGGGAGGACCUCAGGCAGGACCAGGACCAGCUCCUGGAAGGGAUCUCAGAGCUGGACAUCAACACAGGAGGACUCCCCUCACAGCUGCUGGUGCACGGGGCCCUGGCCUUCCCGCUGGGGUUAGAUGCCUCACUUGGCUGCUUCCUGGCCGCUGCCCGCUAUGGCCAGGGCCGGGUGGUCCUAGCUGCCCAUGAGGGAAUGCUCUGUGCUCCCAAGAUGAGGCCCUUUUUGCUCAAUGCUGUACGCUGGCUGUCCAGAGGCCAGACAGGCAAAGUUGGGGUGAACACAAGUCUAGAAAACCUGUGUGCCCUACUGUCGGAGCAUGGCCUGGAAUGCAGUCUGAAGCCCCAUCUGACAAGUGGCUUGGCUGUCUACUGCUGUAAGGCUUACAGUGACAGUCAGGCUAAGCAGCUACAGGAGUUUGUGGCUGAGGGAGGGGGUUUGCUGAUCGGGGGCCAGGCCUGGUGGUGGGCCUCCCAGAACCCGGGCCACUCCACGUUGGCUGGUUUCCCUGGUAACGUCAUCCUCAACUGCUUUGGCUUUAGCAUCCUACCUCAGUCUCUCAACCCAGGGUGUUUCCCCGUCCCCAACCCCCAGAUGCGGAGCUACCACUUCCGCAAGGCCCUAUCGGAAUUCCAGGCUGUCCUGAACCAGGGGAAUAGGAACUUGGAAAAGAGCUGGCUGGCAAAACUGCGAGGUGAUGGGGCUGCCUUCCUGCAGAUCCCUGCUGAGGGGGUCCCUGCGUACAUGUCCAUGCACCGACUUAUAAGGAAGAUGCUGCAGUUGUCCGGCCUCCCAGCUGUGAGCCGGAAAAACCCAGUGGCCAGUGAUUCCCUUGAGGCUACAGUGCUCUGCCUAGCCACUGAGCUGGUACAUUCUGGGACUGACUGUUCCAAACUGAUGCAGGGUUGGGGAACCAGUACCUGCCACUGCAGCCUGGACCCCUCAGUACACUCCAUUGCUGUGGACAUCGAUGGAAACAACCCAGGCAACGGUGAGUGCUGGGUGAGUACUGGACUCUACGUCCUAAAUGGACAAAAUGCAGAAGUCUCACUGUCUGAAGCUGUGGCCGAUACCGGCCUGAAGGUACAGAUUGGCUGCCACACCGAUGACUUGAACAAAGCCAGCAAGUUGUCUCGAGCCCCUAUAGUGUCUCACCGAUGGUGUAUGAACAAGACCAAACAGUCAGUCUCUUGCCUCUGGGGUGGCCUUUUCUAUGUCAUUGUGCCCAAAGGCAGUAAACUGGGACCCAUGUCCAUCACUAUUAAGAGUGCUGUGCCUGCCCCAUAUUACAAGCUGGGUAAGACAUCCCAGGAGGAGUGGAAGAGCUGUAUUCAGGAGAGCCUGGCUCCCUGGGGAGAGCUGGCAACAGACAACAUCAUCUUGACGGUGCCAACUGAAAACCUCCGGACCCUGGAGGACCCUGAGCCUGUGCUCCGCCUCUGGGAUGAGAUGAUGCAGGCUAUAGCCAGAUUGGCAGCUCAGCCUUUCCCGUUCCACCGUCCGGAGAGGAUUGUUGCUGACGUACAAAUCUCAGCUGGCUGGAUGCAUUCAGGGUACCCCAUCAUGUGCCACCUGGAAUCAGUGCAGGAGCUCAUCAAUGAGACCAACAUGAGAAGCAGAGGUCUGUGGGGAGCCAUCCAUGAGCUGGGCCACAACCAGCAGCGGCAUGGGUGGGAGUUCCCCCCGCACACCACUGAGGCCACUUGCAACCUCUGGUCAGUCUAUGUGCAUGAGACAGUCCUGGGCAUUCCCAGGGCUCAGGCCCACCCUGCUCUGAGCCCUCCAGAACGAGAGAAGAGGAUCAAAGAGCACCUGGGCAAGGGAGCCCCCCUGUGUAACUGGAAUGUGUGGACAGCUCUGGAAACAUAUCUACAGCUCCAGGAGGUCUUUGGAUGGGAGCCAUUCACCCAACUUUUUGCUGAGUACCAGACCCUACCCAGCAUCCCCAAAGACAACACUGGCAAAAUGAAUCUGUGGGUGAGGAAGUUCUCUGAAAAAGUGCGGAAGAAUCUGGCUCCAUUCUUUAAGGCUUGGGGCUGGCCCAUCCAGAAGGAAGUGGCUGAGAGCCUGGCUUGUCUGCCUUGGUGGGAAGAAAACCCCCUGCGGGUUCACAUCCAUACUGAGGAGUAAAAUGUACAGAGUCACUUGGGGACAGGAAUGGUCACUGGCCAGCUCCACCACCCAUGUACCUUGAGCCUGAAUCCUACUUACUUCCCUGUCUUCAGAAAGGCAGUGAAGGUCCAAAGACAAAAUGAAGACAACUUUCUCAGGAAAAUACUUUGGUACUUCUCUGUAUUGUUUCUCUGCUUAUACUGUCACUCUCCCCAGGAGUUGUGCUUCACCAUCCUAGUCCUCCAGUGGAAGAAUUUUCGUCUUGGCAUCUUAAGGUCCUGCAGGCUCUUUGUUUCUAUUUUUGACCAAUAUUUCUAAAGACCAUGGAUUACCAUAAUAAUCUGAUAUCACUCCCUCACUACUGCCUGAACAAAGAUCUUAAUUUCUUGUGCUUUGAGAACUUUUCUAAUAGCAGGAGAGACAGGGUGGUAUAGUGGAGAGAGCCUUUGGCUCUAUGGAAAACCAUUUAACCUCUCUGUGCUUCUGUAUUCUUUUUUUUUUCUUGUUUCAAAAUAAAAGUAGUGAUUUCAUAAA